CAUCCACGCCGUCUCCCUUCUGCCUCCUUUUUGUACUAAAAUUUCCUACGCUUACAAAAAAGGGAUGUGUGUCUAUAUAUAGAGGAGCCAUGUUCAUCUUCCAAUCCCCACCUUCCCUAACUCCCUCUCCCUCUACUUUUAACCAACAGCACCCCCAGUUUUCACUCUGUUAGUAUAACUCUUUCUUUCUUUUCUCUUUUAACUGUCACCCUGCAGCCCAAGUCAGAAUCAUCCCCAACCCCGAAAAGCACAUUCUCCUUGAUCCCAACGCUCUCUCUCUCUCUCUCUCUCUCCUCUCUUUUUCUCUUUCUUAUAACUAUAUAUUUUUCAUUUUUCAUUCAUGAAAGAAGACACUAACACCGAACUCAGCCAAAACCAACAACAACAACAACAAGGGAGCCAACAGAUGUGCAAAACCAUACAAGUUGUUGCCACCGUUGACCACGUCGACAUGUCGCCGCCGGUCUUGUCUCCGGUGGUGGUCGCUGCCAACGCUGGAGAUGACCUUAACUUGAUUCCUCCGUUGAACUUUGCUAUGGUUGACAAUGGCAUCUUCAGGUCGGGUUUCCCUGACUCAGCCAACUUCUCUUUUCUCCAAACACUUAACCUCCGCUCCAUCAUAUAUCUGUGUCCUGAGCCCUAUCCAGAAGCCAACACUGAGUUCUUAAAGUCCAACGGGAUCAGGCUUUUUCAGUUUGGAAUUGAAGGUUACAAGGAGCCAUUUGUAAAUAUCCCAGAGGACACAAUUCGCGAAGCUCUAAAAGUUGUCCUCGAUGCAAGGAAUCACCCAGUUCUAAUUCACUGUAAACGAGGGAAGCACCGAACUGGCUGUCUGGUUGGAUGCUUGAGAAAAUUGCAAAGAUGGUGUUUGUCAUCUGUCUUUGAUGAGUACCAAAGGUUUGCAGCCGCAAAAGCUAGAGUUUCAGAUCAGAGGUUUAUGGAGUUGUUUGAUGUUUCUAGCUUAAAGCAUCUGCCAAUGUCAUUUUCUUGCUCGAAGAAGUAAACAACCGCAUGUAUUGAACGGCUUUUGAUUUCUUUCGUUUGCAGAGGAGAAUGCUAGGUCCUGCAUUGGAAUAAAUAGGGAAAGGUGAUGAGUUCCUGAAUUGCAUUUUGGCGGUAAAGGAAUUAUUCUUCUUUUUUCCUUUUCAAGAACAAUAGAAGGCGUACAUAGUGGCAAUGUCCUGUUGUGAUGUUCAGUGUUCAGAUCUCCCUCCCCAUUUCUUUCUUCAUGUUUUUCUUCUGUUCUCUACUUGUUUCACUAAGAAGCUUCUCUGCUUGCUGUGGUGGAUGCAACAAUUGUCCAAGUAGUUAUAUCCAUAAUAUUAUUGUUAGCUUGGUCUACAGUUUUUAGACGAUUUUUGACUGAACAAGAAUCAAGAUGACAGCUAUUCUUCCUGUCAAGCUGUUUCUGCCGACGAUUAUAGGCAAGGCAGCUAGAAAGGCAAUGUAUACACAUGAUUCUAGUUGGCUAGUCAAUGAUCAAUCAAAUAGAAAAUAAAUCAGUUGUUUGGAAACAUUUUCCUUUGCAGAGUUA